AUGUAUAGCCUUGUAACAUCGAGGUGUAUUAAUGUAUUUAAACCUUCAUUUAAAUUUUGGCCAUUGUUGAACUACGAGUAUGGUAAAAAUAUCUCGUCAAAGUAUCUAUUACGUAAAGUCCACAAAUUCUCUUCGGCGGAUCCUACUCCCGCCGCGUCCUUUCGGUUAGCCAUAGUUGGAAGUGGUCCAGCUGGCUUUUACACAGCGUAUCAUAUGUUAAAAGAACACCCAUCCUCGUUGGUGGAUAUGUAUGAAGCACUGCCAAUACCUUUUGGACUGGUUCGUUAUGGAGUCGCGCCCGAUCACCCGGAAGUAAAGAACGUUCAAAAUAGAUUUGAUGAAGUUGCACGUGAUUCUCGUUUUACUUUCAUUGGCAAUGUAAAAUUUAGUAAAGAACUUCAUAUUGCUGAUUUGAAAUCACAUUACGAUGCUAUCGUUUUAUCAUAUGGCGCUAGCCAGGACAAACCACUUAAUAUUAAAAAUGAGCAUGAUUCUAUCUGUAACGUGUUUUCUGCACGCGCUUUUGUCGGCUGGUAUAACGGUCUUCCACAACACCGUGAUUUACGGCCUGAUCUUACGUACUCAGACAGUGCUAUCAUAAUCGGUCAGGGGAACGUGGCAUUAGAUAUAGCUAGGAUAUUAUUGACAGAUGUUGAUGAAUUAAGCAAAACUGAUAUUACUGAAUAUGCUUUAGAAUGUCUCAGAAAAAGUCGAAUACGUAAUGUUAUGCUUAUCGGAAGAAGAGGACCUUUACAGGUAUCUUUCACGGCCAAGGAACUUCGUGAGAUGAUGCACUUACCUAAUACUCGAUUUCUUACUGACACUGAAUUAGUGAAAACGGAGCUUUCUGCAAACGCGGAACUUAUUUCUCAAAAUCGUCCUUUGAAACGCCUAAUGCAAAUCCUAGAAAGUGGUACAUCUAACACUAUUGGUGAAAAAUCGUGGUCUCUUAAAUUUUUGAGGAGUCCAGCCGAAUUUAUCACGCGUGAUACUAGCGAUCCCUCUCGGGCAAAAUUUAUUAAAGCGGUUAAGUUUCACGUCAAUAAACUUGAGGGCCCACCGGACAAUCGGAUAGCUGUUUCCACUGGCAUUAUGGAGGAAAUAGAAACUAGUCUGGUAUUUAAGAGUGUUGGAUAUAAAAGUACACCUGUUGAAGGUGUGCCAUUUGAUGAACAAAAAGGAUUGGUGCCUAACGUUAAAGGCAAAGUAUUGGACAAAAAUGGUAAUGAGCUUCCCGGGUUUUACGUAUCUGGAUGGCUUAAACGUGGUCCACAAGGUGUUAUUUCUACGACAAUGUAUGAUGCUUUUGAAACCGCAGAAAUCAUCGUCUCAGAUAUUCAACAAAAUAAGCCGAUGCUUUCUGAUACCACUGAUAACUACCCUAAAAGGGGUGCAGAGGCAAUUAUACCAAUGCUUCAUGAGCGUGGUAUACGCACUGUGUCAUAUGAUGAUUGGAAAAAAAUAGAAGAAAAGGAAUUUGAAGUAGGAAGACAGAAACACAAGCCACGCGAAAAAUAUAGCAGGAUUGAAGAUGUUUUAGGCAUACUAGAUAAAUGA